GUUCCGGAAAAAGCUGACGGAGUGAGAGUGUGUCAAUUGCUAUUUCAAGUGUUUUGCUGUCACACUCUUCACUCUUCAUUCUUCACACAACAUUUCAGAGUUUCUCUUGCACAUUUCACAAACAGAAUUCAGAAUUGAGAUUUGAGAACUGAUAACUGAGAACCUUAAACAGUGAGUCUGUGAGUAAUAUCAUACUUAUUUUUGUGACAGCUGAAAUCUUUGGGUGAUUGGAAGGAUAUAUCAGUGGAUUGAAGAUGGAACCAUCAAAUGUAGUUUCGGUGUUGCUUGAAUUAUUGGUUGACCCAGUUCUUGCUGCAAAUGCUUCUAGCCAAGAUAGUCCUGCACUAUCUCAACAGCAAUCAAUAGCAAAACAGGUGCAUUCUGUUGUGCUGCUGUAUAACUAUUACUACAGAAAGCAGCACCCGGAGCUAGAUUUUCUACCAUUUGAUGAAUUUUGCAAGUUGGCCGUGUCUCUGAGGCCAAGUCUGUUAGCACAUAUGAAAUGGACACGUAAGUCUGAUGAAACUGAGCUUGUCGAUGCGGUGAAUCAGCUAUCAUUAACAGAAGAAAAGAUCAUGGAGGCUUGUAAUAUAAGUAGAUCUCUGGAUCCAUCGAAAAGUGUUCCUAAUGUAGAGGGAUGGCCUAUUUCAAAAGUUGCUGUUCUUUUAGUUGACUGUAAGAUGGAAAAUUGCUUCUUGUUGUCUAGUUCCAUCACUAAGGGGGUGUGGUCACUGAUUGAAAAAGAUGUGGAUGCCUCCAGCUUAAGCUCUAUUGUUUCAAGCGAAAGUGGAACUAGGUGCUACAAAAAGCGAAAAGUCAUUGAUGAACUUCAAAAUACAAAGUUUAUGCAAAUUGGGUACUCUGCUGUAAAGGAAGCUGCAGGUGUCAAUGAGACUGAUAUUACAGUUUUGGGAAGCUACACCGUUUAUUCUGAGAGCAAAGAGAAAGAAGCUUCAUGCUUUUUUAUAAUGAAGUGCUCCCAGUUGAUCAAUCAAGAGGCUAACCGAGUUCAUAUCCGAGAUUUAAUUCAAAGGUUGCAGGGUCCUCUGGUCAAAAUGAGUUCUAGCAGUUGGAGUAUCACUCCAGUUGUUGAGUUCUUCCAUUUGCUUCCUUAUUCUGAAGUAAUAUCAGAAUGGUUUUCUAGAGAAACCGACUCCAACAGUUUGCAAGAACCAACCCUAGGAGAGAAAAAUGCAAAUGCAGAAGGUGCCGAGGGGACAGAAUCACAUAUAAGCAAGGGCAUGAAUGUUGGCCUUGCUAGCAAGCCAAGCAGUGAUAAUAUAGAAUCACUGCAGCAAAAAGAGAACAACAAAAGAUGUACCAUUGCAGAGUGUGGUUCUGUCAAGGAGGCCCAGGAUAUGGAUUUGAACAACUCUUCUGUUGUUCCAUCUCAAAAUAAGGAAUGCCAGCUUAAUGUCAAUACUUUACAUGUUAGUGAAGAUCAGAAUAUGGAAAAUAAGUCCACGCAACACGACUCCAAUGGAUUUACACACCCUAUUAAGGUUGUGAAGGUUGAUCCAACAAUGAGUCCUAUUACUGAGGGCGGGACUAACAAUCAACCUGCUUGUAAUAAGAUUUGGGGCUCUAAAGAUUCUGAAAAAGGCAUCCAUGAAGAAUCUGCUCCAGUUGCAAAUAAUUCUCAUUCAAAUAUUGAGAAGCUCCAAAAUCUUUUAUUAGAUUCAAAGGGGGAGACACUGUCAGAAACAUCCCUCGCUGUUCUUAAUCGAGAGAAGAAUGAGCUGACUCUUCAGCGUCGAAUGAUAGAAGAGGAUAUUGCUCUAUGUGAUGAAAAAAUUAAGAGAAUUUUAGCUGAUGUGGAAGAUAGUCUGGAAACAACGAUAGACGCCAUUAUAGAGGGUUGUAAUUAUUCAUGGGAAGGAAAUCAUGGAGGGAUAAGAAAAAAUCUUGAGGAUCCAUGCUUAGCUCCAUCUAAUAAGAUGAAAAGUGGGGGAGAUUCUGUACUCAUUGCACAAAGUCCUUGCCAGGAACUAGACAGUAUAUGCAAUGAAAAUAUUUGGACCAUACCGAUGUAUCGAGUAUCUCCAUCAGACGGUGGAUUCCGAGCUUUGGUGACCUUUAAAGGACCCGACUUUGAGUGUUCAUUGGGGGGUGACACUUGUUCCAAUCCUCGCGAAGCAAGAGGGUCGGUUGCUGCAAGGGUGUUGGCUAACUUAAGAAGCAAGCAAAAAUCGGCUAGUGAUUUUGACUCCAAGGCAUAGAAUCAACAAACUUUCUAGAUUUUUCUCUACCUUUAAUUUCUGUUUAGUGUAAGGAAAACAAAAGUUUUUAUUUUACUGAUUUGACAAUCGAUGUGUGUUAUAUUAAGUAUAGCAGCUGAGUUUGUUGCUUAGUCCCCAGUUUAUCUGUUAUCUCGGUUUACUUUUAUCCUUAGUUAUGAUCAUUAAUGUUUUGGUGAACAGAAAUGUUUUCUUUUUGAAAGUGAAUUUCCAAUAACUGUUGCAUGGAUGGAUAAUAUUGUUUUUGUGAAA